UAGAGAGAGAGGGCAAGUAGGCAGGCAGUCCCAUUUCUUUCCAGCAGUCUGAGCAAUUCUUCUUUGACAUCUGGAGGGACAACAGUGGAGAGAGCAGAGCACACACACAGCUCGGGUCAGCGGAAGUCUCACUUUGUUACAUGCCUGGUCAUCUUCAGCUGCAGGUUCAGGCUCACAAAUGGGACUACUGGGGACUCUCUCUGGAGGCUAUGUGUUCACUUCGCCCUCAGCCAGCUUUAAUCAAAACAGCCUCUGAUUGCACGCUCAUUAUCACCUUUUCCUCUGGAUCCCCUUGGAUGCCCCCAGAGCCAUCAUCAUCAUGGGCAGCGUCAGCAGUUUGAUCUCAGGACACGGUCUCAACAGCAAGCACUGCCGCGCCUCCCAGCACAAACUCAAAAAGGGACUCCACUCCAAGCGAACAGGCAGGAGUUUGGACGGCCUUCUGAAGUAUGGUUUCUCUCAGGACCCCAGCAGCACUAAUAAUAACAACAAAGGUAUUUUCCACUCGGCCAAAAGCGAGGACUUCUUUUACAUCAAGGUGAGCCAUAAGACCAAGCCUGGUUACCAUAGAAACGCGUCAGUAGAGGACCGCGAUGGAGUAUCGCUGGAUACCGAAGCCGGUCAAGGGACUCCCCCGGAACUAAUACCGAUGUCUGGAAAACUGGAGAAGAGUGUAGAGAAGGCCCUCAUCCGACCCACAGCUUUCAAGCCUGUGCUUCCCAGAAGCAGCAGCUCCUCCAUGGAAACGCACAACAGCCUGAACCAGAUCCUAGGCCGUGGGCUCAGCCCGUCCGAGCGCUCCAAGGACACCCCAGAGCCCAAACAGGAUGCCGGAUCGGGCACGCCGACCGACUCGGGCCGCAACUCCAUGUCCAGUCUACCAACCCACAGCACCGGGUACAGCAGCCAGCUGGAUGGCACCAGUAUCGGCACUGGGACCGGUACCGGCAUGUCCACAGGCCACCUGGUGCGCUACAGUAGCUCGGCCCACAACGUUAGCCUACAGCAGCACCUGAGCGGGAACUCGUCGGGGCUGAGCGGCGGGUCGGGGUCGGCGUGGCUCGGGGACAGCAGUUCGGGGAUUGGCGAGAUAACCGUGGGCAGCUGGAUGAAUACCACGGGCACUAGCAACCAAUCGGUUAACGGGCGAGCGAACGCGUCAACGCUCAGUGACAGCCUGACGGCGGCGAUGAACUUGAAUAGAGACAUAGCCGCCGCGGCUACCGCGUGCACUUCCGAUGGUCCACUCAGCCUGGAGUUCUUUUCCGAGACGAACGCGACCAAACCCAAGGCCAACACGCCGGUCUCGGAGGUGGGCUGCGUGCGCUCACCGAUCUCGAUGGACGAGUCUAUGAUCCUGCAACUGGAGCGGAGGCUUCUGGAGCGCGAGUCGGAGCUGCAGGAGCUCGUGGUCUGCCUGGAGGACAAGGAGGCGGACACCUGCCAGCUGUUCGAGGAGAAGCAGCGCUACUGCGCCGAGGAGAUGCAGGGCCUCAAGCAACGCUGCUCCACCAAGCUCCGCCAGGCUUCGCAGCGGGCGCUCCGGGCGCAACAACUGCUGCAGCUACAGGUCAUCCAGCUCCAGCAGGACAAGGAGCAGCUCCAGGAGGAGGUGGACCGGCUUGAGCGGGAGAGGGAGGCUGCCGAGGGGAGGAUGAGGAGCUACGAGAGGGAGAACAUCCAGCUGGCCCCCACCCUGGAGGAGACACAGUGGGAGGUGUGCCAAAAAUCGGGGGAAAUAUCGCUCCUGAAACAGCAACUGAAAGACUCGCAGGCAGAUGUCGGACACAAGCUGAGCGAUAUCGUCAACCUCAAAGCGGCACUCAGGGAGGCCAAGAGCAAGAUGGAGGAGCUGGAGAAGAAGAACAAGGAAAACGAAGACAGCAUCCGCUCUCGUUGCGCAGAAGUCGAGGUAUGCCAGAAUGAACUACAAAGAAAGAAAAAUGAGGCAGACCUCCUGAGAGAGAAGGUGGGCCGCUUGGAGACUGACAUCAAGGGCAUGAAGCAGGAGCUGAGUCUGGCCAAGGAGGAGCAGGUGAAACUGCAGAGCAGCAGAGCCAAGCUGGAGGAGGAGCACCUGAAGCUGCAGAUCACUAGAGCCAAGAUGGAGGUCUUUGGCAAGGCUGAGGCAAUGGAUCAAGACAACGCUGAGAGAAACAGGCAUAGAGACGCAAUGGCGGACACUGACACCCUGCAAAGGGAGGUGGAGAGGAUGAGGAAGGAACUGAUGGAGGAGAAACAAAAGAAAGACAAGAUGGUGAACAACUUCCAGCAGGAGAGACAGACGUGGAACAAGGAAAAGGACAAAGUGAUCCGAUACCAAAAGCAGCUGCAGUACAACUACUUGCAGAUGCACAAAAAGAACCAAGAUUUGGAGAAAAUCCUUCGGGAGCUGACUGCAGAGAUGGACAGCCGGACUGAGCUUGACAUGGACAUUCACAGUCCCCCGCUUCGCUACGACAACAUGGUUGCCACAGAGAUAUAAGGUCAGGGAUGGAUGAAGCCAUGGAAUCCUUUUCUGUUUCAAUGGUUAAAGCAAUGACAUCACCAUCAUGAUCUUUUUCAUCGAUCUCCUUCAUCAUCACCAUCACCAUCAUCAUCACCACAAAGAUGUAUGGAUUUACAGCACCAGGAGUGGAUGACACAUCAUCAUCAAGAAUCAAUGCAACAAUAAGAAACCAGUUUAUCAUUGUCAGAGCUAAAUCAAUUUUCAAUGUUGUUUGAAUACAUCAAGGUCAGGGUGGGAAGCCAUAGUUUCACGAUCCUUUUGGGUUGACAAGAGACAGCCUUGAAAGGUGCUAAUAUGGAUGCGUGGUUAAUAAAUGUGCUCACUGUACUCAAGACAGAGCACAUGAUUGGAUAACUGCACUAGCUAAUGAGUACUGACCCAAAUCCAAAUCUAGCAGAUAAGGAAGUGUAGCGCAGCAUUUCCAGACUAUAAUCCCACUGACAUCUGACCUGACAUGUAGCCUGGCAACAGCUGAGUGAGGCUAAGAAGAGGGAAAUGACAGUGACACGGUCCUGUUUUCCCUGUUAUCUGCCCAAGAGUCUUUAUAAAAGUAUGCAGUUCUUGAAACCCCAGUUCUAACCUGGAAAUAUGUAUUUUCUUGUUCCGAUUGUACAGAUACCAUAUACAGUAGUCGUGUUAGUUGAGAUUUCUGCAAUGUUUUAAGUGUAUACAGCUGAGAUACACAUAUGGUUCACUUCAUUCAAAAUAAAGACUACCAUGGCUAAAUAUACGGUAUAUACAGAAUAUUCUAAUCAGUUCCUGAACUAUGUGUAUGUAUGGAUAUACAGUAUUAUAUCCUCACAGGACAGAGAUGUGUUGAAUGUAAUGCAGCCCAUUAGUAAGAAACAUAGCUAUAAGCAUAUAGUUAUAAAGACUAAGCCCUCACUCCCCCACUGAAACAAAAAAAUAUCACCCUGGUAUAUUAACACACUAAUGUUGAAACAUGAUACUGUACCUUAUCAGAUCUAUGUCCAAAGUCAGAUGUAUAGCCACAAAGCACUUGAACACUAACGGUCGAAUGUUCAUACGAUGCACUAACGGGUAUAUGUGGCUUGUGCAAACAGUGUUCUUGUGAGCCUUAACUUCACUGAUAAGACGGCUGUCACCGCAGAUGCAGCUUACAUCUGCCACACUACACCUGUACAAGAUAUGGCAACAUUAGGAUCUCUCUCACAGGAGACUAAAUGGCAUGUAUAAUACAAAAAUUAUAUAUGUUCCCUCUAAUUUUAAUUUGAUAUCAAUCUUUGCUCACUGGAAAGCCUUACAAUUCAGUCAGAUUUUUUUGUUUUUAUAUAUAGAAAAGACAGUUAGUUGAACCAAAUGAAUAUGCAACAGCAAUAAAAUUGCUAAUUACUAAUUGUGAACAGUUCCAAAGUGUUUGAUAUUGAAAUUAAAGCAUUUUUGAGACGACAGCAGCUUGUUAAGAAUGGGUAAACGCACUGCAUACAUACUGAUUGGUGUUAAAGGUGACACCAGGUCCAAAAGAAGCCCAUGUCUCUCUGCAUGACCCCAACUACCUAACCUACACUUAAUCAGUCGUCUGGUCAGUGGGGAGUCUUUCUCAAAUCUCAGUAUUUCAAUGCCCAUUUCAUAUAAGAAGUCCAAAAGCCCCCUAAUGAUUAUCUUUGUCAAACAAAAAAAUCAAAUGUAGAGACACUGAUGAGAACCUAAAAUAUGUUAGACAAAAGUGAUAAAUUGAGGGCAGAAAAAGUUUGGCAUCCACUCAGUGACCUCCAGUGGUGAAAAAAAAAUAACAAUACAAAAUGUCUUCCCAUCUUUCAAAACCCCUUAAUGCGUUACUGUCUGGAGAAACAGGGAGGGUUUAAAGAGAACUGAGGCUUCAUAUGACAGUUGCAUGUUAUUUAUGGAAUGGAUACAAGGUAGAGAUUAAAAUCCAAUAAAACUGAUAUUUUGAAUGUUAAGACCUGCAAUAGGUUCACCAUGGCGAGCUACAAUGACACUAUUUUCAAUAUCCUACUUCAGGUCUCUCAAGCAUUUGUUUUCUUUUUCUUUUUUUUUCUUUACUUGAUGGAGAUGGUUCACUGGGCACAAUGUACUGUUCACAACAUCAAAUGUUCUACUAUUGCACAUAUGUCCAGAAUAUAGCCUAGAACUGUAGCUUUCUUUUUGUCUUCUGUCUUGUCAUAUCAAUGUCUGGGUUUCAUAUAUAUUCCACCCCAGCUUUGUCCACACUCUCACUCCACAUCACUUACUAUGGGUAUUGUGACAUAGUCCUAAGAACUUUUUUCAAAUACUAUUCUCACCAACACUAAAUGGUUACAGUGGCUCCCAAAUAAGGCAUUCCACAGAUUAAUUUUUACCCGAUGUAAUUAUUGUAUAUUUCUAUUUAUUUUAAAUAAACAAAAAUAAAGAGGCUCUUUGAAAGAAA